CCUCAGCCACAGAAAAAACGCCAGAGGACCUGUCGCUCCGUUUUCGACCUGAAAUUGGUACGGGACACACGGAGACGACCAUAGACAAAGACUGUAAAGUCCCAUGAGGAAGUAACAGACUUGUGUCUCUCCUGACAAGAAGAAUUUGUGAAAUUUUAGUCUCAGGAGAGGAAGUUACGGUUUACCCCCUUCCUUAGCUCUAAUGAGCUAGCAACCCGACCCUUUGCUCGUCGUUAUCGUCCACUUUGUUUUGUUUGUUAUGCAGUUACCGGAGGUCUCUUCUCGUACACGCUCUCCACCACCUUUUAGCUCCCUUACCCCCACUUCUCUGGCCCUAUGUCUCGGUGGCUCUUUCCCUGGUCGGGCUCAAUAAAGAAACGGGCCUGUCGAUACCUUCUUCAACAUUAUCUCGGGCAUUACUUACAAGAGCGACUGAGUUUGGACCAGCUUACGCUCGACCUGUACAAUGGCAGCGGGGUCAUCAAAGAAAUCAACCUCGAUGUUUGGGCGGUGAACGAGUUAUUGGAGUCCCUCGGGGCACCGUUGGAGAUUUUGGAAGGUUUUGUGAGCAGCAUCGCCGUGACUAUACCGUGGGCCGCCCUGGUCACAGACCACUGCAUCCUCGAAGUCACCGGUUUACAAAUCACAUGUCGGCCCAAGUACAGAACAGGAGGAGGAUGGGACUCUCAGGGCUGGUCCUCCUGUAUGACAUCCAGCAUGCAGCUGGCCCAGGAGUGCCUGAAGGACCCGCCAGAGGCAUCCGAAGAGCCGCCUGCACCUUUGGAGGGCCUGGAGAUGUUUGCACAAACCAUCGAGACAGUGUUACGCCGGAUCAAAGUUACCUUCCUGGACACCAUCGUCCGGAUCGAGCACCAUCCCCUGGACGCAGAGUCUGGGGUUGCCUUAGAGAUGAACAUCAAACGGCUGGACUACUGUGACGAGGCCGUGAGGGACUCCAGUCAAACGGUGCCUGUAGACAUCCACCAGCCGCCUGCCUUCUUACACAAGAUCCUCCAGCUCAGCGCUGUUCAGCUCUUCUAUGAGAAGAUGGGAGGACCCCGGGAUUUGAUUGCUGAUGAUCCCGUGGAGGAAGAUCCAAAAGAGGAGGGAGAUGAUGGUGAUGAGGAGGAGGAUGACGACGACGACGAUGAUGAUGAUGAUGAUGGUGGUGGUGGUGGUGGUGAUGAGGGUGAUGAAGGCCCCAGGGCUCACCCCCAACCCCACAGUCAGCCUCUGUUGAUUGGCAGCUGCUCUGGUUUCAUGGAGACCACGGUUAAAAUCAAACAGAAUGACAUGUUGCCAGGACCCAAGCUGGAGCUGGAUGGGAAGGUUGGCUGCCUGCACCUCUUUCUGAGCCCUGACCAGAUCACUGACCUGACCAGCCUGCUCCAGGCCCUCUGCAUCGAGACAGAGUCUGUGGGGGUGUGUGGUGGUCGUAGUCGCCCCCUGGGAACAGAGGAUCUGCGAGUGAUCGAGGAAGACCUCAACAAACAGCUGAGCACGGAGAACUACACUGCAGAACCUGAUGAUGAACCGUUCCUAACGGGCCGGGAGAACGGAGAGAUGUUCUACUCCAUGGGGCCUGGCAUGAGUAGCAGUGUGUUAUCUGCGCGUUCAGGCAGUGAGUUCUCAGACAGCGAUAUGGAGUCGUCCACACACAGCCAACAGAGUUUUACACACCCUCUCUCUCCACAGGGUAUGCUGAACUGUCCCAGACGUUAUCCUGUAGCAGGAUCCUUAUCAUCUCUGCCCCAAUAUAAUCGGCCACCAGGUCGAUCCUCAGGUGGCAGCAAAUCAGAGCCCCUGAAGCCAGAUGCUUUGCUCCGCUUGACCUUGGGCGGGGUCACGCUGACGCUGCUGGAGCAGAACCCGCCCCCUGGGCCAGACGGAGAGCCCUCAUUGGCCGCGGUCUCAGAGGUGUUCUUUAAAGAGCUGGCCUUCUUUAGAGACAGCAUGUUCAGCGAAAGAGACUUCCACCACCUCCGCGCAGGAUUUAGCAGAGCCUGUCCACACUCACACAUCAGGCUGACGGGAGCAGCCAUGCAGAUAUCAUGUGAGAUGCGGAGUGCGGGGCGACACACACGUGCGGUGACCUCUGACCUGUCCUUCAGCAGACUGGAGCUGCUCGAGUGUCUCUGGGAAAGCACAGGACCUCAGUACACAGAGCUCAUCCAGUUCCAGACGGCGGGCCUGUUCACCGUGGGAUCCACCGCCCGACCCUGUGCUCAGAUCCAUCACAGACUCUCAGAGAGGAACACACGCAAGGGAGCGAAACGCGUGUUGCACAGAGAGAGUGUGUUGCGAAUAGAACUCGGCGACCUGACCGCUGAGCUGGAUCUUGACAUCAUCGGCCGCCUGGACUGUAUCAGCCAAUCACUGAGCUCCACCGAUUCCCAACAUUCACCUACAAAAAUGCCGACUCCGUGUAUAGAGCAGCGCUCCUCCCUCUCGCUCCUCUCUCCUCACGCGGUCCUCAAGCUUCGCUUCCCCAUCCCUGACCUCCGACCCCCGGAGGAGCGGCGACCUCCGACCCAGCGGGCGGUGCGGAGCGAGACCCUGAAGCUGGAGGUGUCGCAGCUGGAGAUCCAAACCCAGUCGGGCCUGUCCGAUCAGCCCGCGGACACACACAAGCACUCGCACACCAGAGCGUACGCAGACACACACACACCGCCCACUUCAGACUCCCAAACGGACCUCAACCUCAGCACGCUGUUUGAAGCCACCUUCAGUGACCUGCACGGUGUGUAUGAGGGCUGGGAAGGUGGUUCGUUCCCCUGCAUCCGUGUCCAGAAGAGCUCAGACCAACAGAAUCCUGAUUCCAUCCCCAGGAUCUCGGUGCGUGUGCGGGGCAAUCUCAGCACGGAGGCGGUAGUGGCCGGGGUUCUGCAGGAUCUAGGUCUGGGUUCCAUGUCCCUGGAGAACCCGUGUGAGAUGCGCGAGAAGAACAGCACGCCCUUCUCAUCUAACCGCACCAUGUUUGAGACCGAAGAGAUGGUGAUCCCAGCCGAUCCGGAGGAGAUGCGUGUGUUCCAGGAGCAGUGUGUGUCCGAGAGUCAGUGUGUGGUGGACAUCGUCCUGCCUACCGCCUACAUCUUGCUGCCCAGUAAAGAGGCCUUCAACAGCAUCUACAACAGGAUUAAUAAUGACCUGUUGAUGUGGGAGCCUCCUGUAGCGCCCCCUGCUGACCCAGAGCAGCCGCACGCCCCUCCACACCGCUCAACUCGGGAUGAUGAGUUCCAGCUCUGCAAAUCAGCCUUCAGACUCGACUCUGACUCGGACGAAGAGGACCAGUUCUACUCGGCCAGCGAAUCAGCGCGUCGGAAAAAGUCCAUGUCCUGCCCUGAACACACCCUCAGCCUGCUGUGCCUCACCGUGCUCAUAGGCAAGGGGCGUGUCCAGGCCAUGACGGACAGCAAGAACGAAGCCGGCCGCAAGGUGGAACUGAGUCACGGCGAGCUCAUCCUGGAUGUGGAGGGGGGGAAGAUGUUCAGCGUGACGCAGCAUCAGAACACCCCCCAUCUCAACUUCCUGACGCUCGAGAGCAGGAGGGUGGAGCUACACCAUAGAGCGGUUGUACCCGACUCCCCCCUCCCUGAGAAGUUGGAGAUGCCCAGGUUCACAGCCCCUGAUCAUUUGGACCCUACCAUCUGCCCCACAGAGGUGGGGGUGAGCAGCGUGGGUGGGCGGGAGACGGGUGUGCAGAUGUUGUCCACUGCCAUCAAGAUCACGCUGGACCCACAGAGGAAAGUGAAGGAGUUCCUGGUUGCUCUGCGUCUCCAUGGCGCCACAUUACGACAUCACAUGGCACUGACCAAUCACAGCUGGCAUGAGCAGCUGGUGGACUUCCUGGAUGUGGUGGAUGAUGACAUUUUGGGAUACACAUCUCCCGCUGUGAUCACGGUGCUGCACACACACCUCGCCACCUGUGCAGUGGACUACAGGCCCCUCUAUCUUCCUCUGAGAGUGCUGUUCACUGCCGAGUCCUUCUCUCUGUCCAGCAACAUCAUCGUGGACACAGCCACCUUCCAUCUCAGGUUCAUCCUGGAUGAUUCGGCUCUGUAUCUCUCAGACAAGUGUGAGAGUGACACCGUGGAUCUGAGGAGAGAUUAUGUGUGUGUGUUGGACAUUGAUCUGUUGGAGUUGGCCAUCACCACCUGGAAAGGCGGCAACUCUGGAAAACUGACCCAGCCCUUGUUUGAGCUGCGCUGCUCCAAUAACGUGGUGCACCUGCACACCUGUGCGGACUCCUGCGCCGCUCUGGUCAACCUGCUGCAGUACCUGGUUGCCCAGGGCGACCUGCACCCCCCGCCCAAACACACCUCCCCCACAGAGAUCGCCGGACAGAAGCUUCCGCUAUCAGAAAGCCCCGCCUCCCUUCCACCAUGCCCUCCUGCAGAGACGGCUGAAAUCAACCAAUACGAUCUCGCCGAUGCCUUGAUUGACACAGAGAGGAGCCGAGACGAGAGGCAGGACUCUGAUUCCCCCACCUCUGUGCCACGCGCGUCGCCGGUGUCGGUGUACCUGUUCCCAGGUGAGGCCCCGAAGCCGCGUCCGGCUGUGCUGGAGGGGGACGAGCUGGAGCUGGACACAGAGGUAACCACGGCGACGGAGGCACACGCUGACAUGGUGUCUGACGAAGGCUCCGAGGGGUCCACCGACAACGACGACUUCUGCAUUCUGGAGGCUCCAGGCAUGGGCAUCCCGCCCCGUGAUGGUGAGCCCGUGGUGACUGUGUUGAUCCCGGGCCCCGUGCGUGUGAAGGAGGGGCAUUUCUCUCGGCCCCGGGGCAGUUCUGACCUGCUGCGUGCCCCGGCGCGCUUCCCCGUGCCCCAGAGCCGCCUGGUGCUGAAGGAGAUCUCGGGGGUCUGGCAUCUGUACGGGGGCAAGGACUUCGGGGGCAAGCCUGCCACACCUCACGCCCACCAACAAACCCAGAGGGGUCGCUCUGCUCCAGCGGGGGCCCGUGGGUCGCCCUCGCGCUCCGUGCCUUCCUCCCGGCCACAGAACUCCUGGCGCUGGCAAGGAGGCAGCGGCCGCCAACACACACUGCUCAUGGAGAUCCAGCUCACCAAGGUGAGCUUUCAGCACGAGUCGUACGCGGUGGCGCCCCCCACGGCGGCCCCAGGUGGGGAGGAGGGUGUGUGUGUGGGCGUGGGGGAGCAGCCCGUGUCACGCCAGGUGUUCAUCGUGCAGGAGCUGGAGGUGCGCGACCGCCUGGCCUCCUCCCAGAUCAACAAGUUCCUCUAUCUCUACACCAGCGAGAGCAUGCCGCGCAGAGCACACUCCAACAUGCUGACGGUGAAGGCGCUGCAGUUGUGUCCGGAGUCGGGACUGGGAGGACCUGAGUGCUGCCUGAGGGUCAGCCUCCUGCCACUGAGACUCAACAUAGACCAGGAUGCCUUGUUCUUCCUAAAAGACUUCUUCAGCAACAUGGCGUCCGGCGUGAACCCGUACAUGCCCGUAGACCUGGCGGCUGAAGUGAGGCCAGAAGCUACUCAGAAGCAGCCCGACGACGCAGAGCCUGUUGCUGGGCUGGGCCCUGACCUCACCGCGUCCGUGGAAACGACCUUCAGCGAGCAGAGCUCCUCCUCCGCUGGCUCCGCCUCCUCCACUGAGCAGCCAAUCUACUUCCGGGAGUUCCGCUUCACGUCGGAGGUGCCCAUCUGGCUGGACUACCAAGGCAAACAUGUGGUCAUUGAGCAGGGUACCUUUGCGGGCAUUCUGAUUGGAUUAGCCCAGCUGAACUGCUCUGAGCUGAAGCUAAAGAGACUAUGCUGCCGACAUGGUCUGUUGGGAGUUGACAAAGUGAUUCAAUACGCUGUGAAUGAGUGGCUGACGGACAUCAGGAAGAACCAGCUGCCGGGAAUUCUGGGAGGUGUAGGCCCCAUGCACUCUGUAGUCCAGCUGUUCCACGGAGUGAGGGAUCUGUUCUGGAUGCCCAUCGAGCAGUACCGGCGGGACGGCCGCAUUAUCCGCGGCCUCCAGAGGGGGGCAGCAUCCUUCGGCACAUCAACUGCUGCAGCAGCCCUGGAGCUCAGCAACCGCCUGGUGCAGGCCAUUCAGGCCACGGCUGAGACUGUUUACGACAUCCUGUCCCCGACUCCGCCCCUGACGCGUUGCAUCACAGAAGGUCGCUCGGCCCCCCGACCCAGACGAACCCCCCAACCUGCCGACCUCAGGGAGGGCGUGGCCAAAGCCUACGACACCGUCAAAGAGGGGGUGAUUGACACGGCGCAGACGCUGUGUGUGGUGGCGUCUCGAGGGCACGAGCAGAAAGGGCUGCCGGGGGCCGUGGGCGGAGUCCUGCGGCAGAUCCCGCCCACCGUGGUGCGGCCGCUCAUCGUGGCGUCCGAGGCCACCUCCAACCUGCUGGGGGGCAUGCGGAACCAAAUCAAGCCCGACGCGCGCAAGGAGGACUUCUUAAAGUGGCGCACAGAGGAAGGGCAAGAGUGAGUGAGUGAGUGAGUGUGUGACUGUUAGUGUGUGUGUGUGUGUGUGUGUGGGUGGGUGUGGGAGGGACAGAGAGAGACAGAGGGGGCACCGUGGAUGGACAUCAAAUGGAUGGAGUCUAAUGUUACUGUGGAGGACUUCGCCUGUGUGUGUGUGUGUGUGUGUGUGUGGUCUUAGAAGUAUGUGGCUUGUUUGUCAUGGGAAAGGCAUCAUGAAGCUGCAUGCAUGCUUGUGUGUUUGUGUGUGUGUGUGUUUGCGCAUGGUUGUGUGUGUUUGCAAGGUACGGGAGGAGUCUAUAUCAGUGCAAAAACAAACUUGCAAAGACAAACCACUAUGGUAUGAGUGAGAGCCAGUAGCACACACACACACACACACACACACACACACACACACACACACAAAAAACACUACGGUAUGAGUGCGAGCCAGUAUUCUUUAAAAGCUUCCAUAUGUGUAGAACAUGUCACACACAGACACACACACACACACACACACACACACACACACACACGCGUAUGCACGCACGCAUACACACACUUGCUCUCUUGUCUUUGUGAUUUUAAUAUUAGAGCAUUUUGCUGACCUGACUGACACCAGAGAUUUGGUGUAUUACAUUUUUUGUCUGUCUGUACAUCUGAUCUAGUGUGUGUGUUUGUGUGUGUGUGUGUGUGUGUGCGUGUGCGUGCGUGUGUGCGCUUAUAUUUGUGUGUGUCAGCGUGUGCGUCUGUCUGUAUGAAAAGUCACUGUAGUGGUGGUCUUUCUGUAGAACAUGAUGCCAGUGUAUGUCUGUCGUCUCCUCUCAAACCUUGCCUAUCUUGUGUGCCAUAAGCGUGUGUGUGUGUGUCUUGUCUGUCUAAGUAGCUGCCGCCCCAUCUCAGUAUGCUGAGUAUUUGUGUUCACGCUUCCUCUGAGAGCCAGUAAUGCAGCAUUGUUACACUAACUCCAGAUGUCGGCUUUAGGGCUUGAAACGUCCCCGUUAUGGCUAGCUGACACUCACACAGACCUCUCGGCCAUUGGCUCACCUGUCCGGCACCAGUUAGCGUUGUGUCAGCCACAUGAAUGUUAGCAGAUAGCUAUCUUAUCUUAGCUGUGAUAGCGGUGAUUCAUUUGAAGGUCCUCACCGAGAUAUAUAUCUGCUAAGCCCUGGCUAGGCGUCUCAUCUGUGACGAUAACACGAUAACGUGUCUUCUUCUUCUACAACACUUUUAGAUCUCUGCUGCUCAUCCAGUACUUGUCUGCUAAGUCUGUCUGUGAACACCGUUCCUCAUCACGACACUUCUAAAUGUCUGGUUAAACAUCUGGUUAGCAUCUUCUCCAUGUGUGCUACACGUCUGAUUAGCAUCCACUACUUGUCUGCUAUACUUUUGGUUAGCGUUCUCUCCAUGUCUACGUACACGUUUGGUUAGCAUCUUCCCCCUCAAGUGUGCUAAACAUCUUGUUAGCGUGUUAGCCACAUCUGCUAAAACGUGUAUUUGGUGCAUUUCACCUGUCUCCUAUGCGUUAGCUUCUGUUAAGUUUGGUUGCAUAGCAACUGAGUCUAGACAUGCUCCAGACCAGGGCCGCAUCCGUCCCAGACCCCCCCACCCCACCCCCCUCCUCCACACUGGCCCCCACUGGCUCUCUCUGACUCACUUGCCUUGCCUUCUUUGGUUUGUUUUGUUUUGAUUUAGUUCUCUUAUUUUUCAAACCCAAUACCUUUUUGUCUUUUAUUUUGUAAUUAUGAGUUAACUCUUGUUGGUAACUUUUAGUAAUCAUAUUCAUGUAUCUCUUUUAUUCUGUGUGUGUGUGUGUGUGUGUGUGUGCGUGUGUAUGUGUGACCCCUUGUGUGGAGGUCGAGGGGUGUUUUUACUUCUUUUUUUUUCUGAGUUGAUGUUUUACAUUUUUAUCUUAAUAUGUCUAAGGGAAGUAUGCUGUGUGUGUGUGCGCGCGUGUGUGUGUGCGCGUGUGCAUGUGUGUUAGUGAGAAAGAGAGUGAGUGGGUUGGUUGAGCAUGUUUGCAUGGUUGUCUCUACAGAGUGUUUAGUAGAGAGAUUCUGUGUGUGUGUGUGUGUGUGUGUGUGUGUGUGUGUGUGUGUGUGUGCGUGCGCGCGUGUGUGUGUGUGUGUCUCACUCGUCUGCGUGUUUUGUGUAAUUAUUACUCUUAUCAGAGGCUGUAAGAAUGACCUGUACAAUACCAAGACAAUGUGUAAACAAACCUUAAUACAAAAAUAAAACAUGUACAUUAUAAAAAGAGA